AGCCAUUUUAGCUUAAUUACGCCGUUUUACUUGCAACGUUGUGUUGUUUUUGUGGUCUGCUUUUGCCACUCUUGUCGGCAUUCCGUUUUCGCCACAUGGUGUUUGUGAGUGCCGACGGAUCUCGCAUGGUGGCACUGGUUGUUGGCAGCGGGUACAGAUCUCGCCACCUCUGCAUGUUCGAGAGGAUGCGCGAGUUGGGCAUGAGCACUGUCGUCGUUGUCGACGAGGGUUCUUGGGCUCAUGAGAUGGAGGUCACUGGUGUGGUGCACACGGUGGUCGUCGUUCCAGGCCUCGAGAAACUUCCGCAGGAAGCGGAGCUCGCCGAUGCAGUCGUGGACGCCUUGCGGGCCGCAUCGGUUGGCAACGUCACAGGUGCCUACAACUUGAUCAACUGGUACUUGCCUUUGACCGCUUUGGUCGCAGAGAGGCUCGGCGUGGUGACGAACAGCUACGAGGCAGUGCGGAGAUGCGUGUUCAAAAACGAAACCCGCAAGUGCCUCGUUGCCAGUGGGUUGGAGUCGUGGAAAUCGUUCCCUUGUUCCAAGAAGCAGGACAUUGAACAGGCUGCGAGACAGAUUGCGUUCCCUGCGAUCUUGAAGCCAGCCAGGGGUUCAGCCUCGAUUGGUGUCGUCAAAGUCCUUUCCGCAGAGGAGGCCGUGAAGACAUUUUUGGAGCAGCGCGCCGAGCGCAACAUCCAGGACGAGGUUUUCCUCUUGGAGGAGUACAUUGACGGGCCGGAAUUUGGCGUGGAAAUCAUAAUGCAGCAUGGCCGCCACUUAUUUUGCUCCGUCAUGGACGCCGACAAGCAGAGCCACGGCCAGUUCUUUCAGGGCACGGGCCGCAGCUUCCCUACUGUCCACGGGCAUGUUGUCGAGGCUCUUGUUGCCUCCCACUGCGUUGCUUCCGUGCAUGCGCUUGGCUUGACGACGGGAGUUUUUGAUCUUGACGUGAGGUUCUCCCCACGCUGUGGCGUGCGAAUCUUGGAGGUCAAUGCGCGCAUGGGCGGCGGCUCUGUCCAGAGGAUGCACAAGCAUGUUUACGGAAUGGAUUUGGUUGAACUUCAUUUGCAGACGUGCAUGGGCAUCUCCGUGGGACAUUUAGCCGACAGGCAUCCCUUGGAGCCGUCGGUGUGCUACGAGGCUGGCUGGGUGGAAUCCCCGUAUUCUGGCGUUGUCUCUGGCAUUGGCAUCGAUGCCUUCACGGAGAGAUUGCGAUCCAUGUUCAGGGAGAAUCCACACGUGUUGGAGUUCGUCCCCUUCUGUGACGACGGUGAUGCCAUCAACGGCUACAAGGUGCCGGGCUUGCCGACUUCGCUGAUCUUGGUGUUCACAAAGGGUGCCGAGAAGAGCUUCGCCCAGCAGCACCUCGCUGGGGCGCUGCGCGCAGCGGAGGAGCGCAUCGCGGAUCUCGUCGAGCCGGACGCUUCGCUCGCCCCCCGGGUGACGACCAGCGUCGAUGCUGUGGUCACGGCGGCAGUCGGCACGGCUAUGCUCUGCACGGCCGCCGUCUUGACGCACCAGAUGUUAGUCGAGCAGGUGAUGUCUCCGAAGCGGUGCAAUGCCCAGGCCGAUUGCAUGUCGAUCCAGCCGCUUGAGCCUCCCGAGGCUUCUGUGGAGCAGCUGCCCUUGCAUGUCCCCUCGUCCGCUCGUCCAGCACGGGCGGUCGUCCAGUAGUCUUGAGCGUGCGGCCUUUUUCCAUUGAUUGCCAAGUCAGUCUUCGACAGUACAGUGUCGUUGGGCGCUGCCUCAGUGGGUGGCUUGGUUGGUGUGACUCGUGCUCGCGCCCAUCUGUUUUGCGCGCGCGCCCGCGCGCGCGUGUGUGUGUGUGUGUGUGUGUGUGUGUGUGUGUGUGUGUGUGUGUGUCAUCGGCCUUGGUGGGUCACCGAGGGCUUGAUGUACACAAUUGCUCUACCCAAUUCGGUGCGCGCCAGCUCAAAGCCUUGAGAGUGCGGGCCGCUUGCCGCCCGGCGCCCAGGCGGACGCCUGCCCGAACCGGUGCACUGUCUCAGGAGGGCCUCCGAGGACCUCUGGCGACUGGCGAGUGCUGACGUGGCGUCGCCCCGCAGGUGGCGCCAAGCUGGCCUUCGGACCUGCGCCUCAGCAGUCCCAGGGCGGGUGGGCUCGGCCAGCCCAGCGUGUUCGAAGGUGGUCGCCGGGUGCGGACGUCGAAGAGGACGCCCGCGAGCGGCCCCUCCCGAGCUCGAGGACACGCCCCGGAGGCAGACCUCCUCGGGGUCCUUCGGUCUGCCGGAGGGCGAGCUUCCACAAGUGACUCACAGACAGACAGCUCCCGCGCGGCCACGAGGCCGGUCUUGCACAGGACACGGGGGAAAAUCAGCAUGCAGAGCUCUCCUG